AUGAGAAUGACUGUCAGUGAACUGAUCCUGGGGCUACUCUUUGUGCUACAAACUGGGAUUGGUGUCCUGGGGAAUACCUUUCUUCUCAUAACUUAUGCCACCACAGCCUGCACAGCCCAGGCACUGAGGCCCACACACCUGAUCCUCACCAACCUUGCUGUGGCCAACCUCUUGGUACUUCUCUUCAAAGGGAUACCUCAAAUGAUGUAUAUUUGGGGAGUAACAAACAUCCUGGGAAAUAUUGCAUGUAAACUUGUCAAUUAUAUCCACAGAACAGCCCGGGGCCUUUCUCUGUGCACUACUUGCCACUUGAGCAGUUUUCAGGCCAUCACUAUCAGCCCUAGAACUGAGGGAUGGAUGAAGCUCAAAGACACAGCUUUGGAGAACAUCAGCUUCCCCUGCUUUCUAUGUUGGAUCUCCAAUCUGCUGACAAACCUAUUUGUUCCCAUAGAGGUUCAGGCCCUUCAGCAUUUCCACAAUUCUACUAAGACACGGAUAUAUGGACUCUGCUCCUCUGCAACUCCUAAAGCACCUGAUGAUGUGGUUUACACAAUUCUAUUCAUUUUACCAGAUGUUGUGUUCAUGGGACUUAUGGCUGGGGCCAGUGUCUACAUGGUCCUCCUCCUACACAGACACCACCAGAGAAUGAGGUAUAUUCACACCCUCAGUACUUCCCACAGGUUCUCUCCUGAGGCAAAAGCCACUCAGACGAUUCUGCUUCUGGCAACCACCUUCAUUUUGUUUUACUUCAUCAAUUCUAUCUUUACAAUGUAUAAUGUUGUUUUGUACACAUCUCUUCCCUGGCUACAACAUGCCACCAGCUUUCUGGUAGCGUGUUAUCCCACUGUUAGCCCCCUGAUACUGAUGCUUCGAGAUCCUCAUGGACCAAGUUUCUGCUCUUAGCUAGAUUAAAAAGAAAAUUAUAAAUAACUAGU